GUAAAAAUGUCUGACGUCGGCUUUUUACAUACGUGUUGUGUUUAUCGUUCUGUUUAGAUUGGUGUAAUUUAAAAGUCGCAUAAUGAAAUAUAUCUAUAUUUUAGUAUUUUUGUUUGCUUCAGCUUAUUGUGAUGAACAUAACCACAUGUACAAUAAAGGAGAUCAGGUCGUGCUAUGGAUGAAUACUGUUGGUCCGUAUCACAAUCGACAAGAAACUUAUGCCUAUUUUUCAUUACCAUUUUGUGUUGGCACAAAAGUAACCAUUGGUCACUACCAUGAAACGCUUUCCGAAGCCCUUCAAGGAGUUGAGUUGGAGUUCAGUGGACUUGAUAUUACCUAUCAAAAUAAUGUUCCAGCGCAGCAGUUUUGUGCAAUCGAACUCGACGAGCAGUCGUACAAGGCUCUUGUAUACGCAGUGAAAAAUCAUUAUUGGUACCAAAUGUACGUCGAUGAUCUACCUAUAUGGGGUAUUGUUGGCGAAAUCGAUGGCGAUAGUUAUUAUAUCUGGACACACAAGAAAUUUGAUAUAGGCUACAACGGAAAUAGAAUCGUCGAAGUUAAUCUCACAGCAGAAAAUAAAGAGAAGCUGACAUUAGGUGCAAAAAUCCCUUUCACCUAUGAAGUAAAUUGGAAGCCAAGUAACAUACGUUUUGAGGAUCGCUUUGAUAAGUAUUUAGAUCCAAACUUUUUCCAACACAGGAUUCACUGGUUCAGUAUAUUCAAUAGUUUUAUGAUGGUUAUUUUCUUAGUUGGUUUAGUUUCAAUGAUUUUAAUGAGAACACUAAGAAAAGAUUAUGCUAGGUAUUCAAAGGAUGAUGACUUAGAUGAUUUAGAGAAAGAUUUAGGUGAUGAAUAUGGAUGGAAACAAGUACAUGGUGAUGUUUUCAGACCUGUUCCUCAUUUAGCAAUGUUUUCUGCCCUGAUUGGAGCAGGGUAUCAAUUAACUGUAGUUACUUUAGCUGUUAUCAUCUUCACAAUAUUUGGUGAGCUAUAUACAGAAAGGGGCUCCUUACUAUCUACGGCAAUAUAUAUUUAUGCAGCUACAUCGCCUAUCAAUGGAUAUUUCGGAGGGUCCUUAUACGCCAGGAUGGGAGGGAGACUUUGGAUAAAGCAAAUGAUGCUAUCAGCAUUCCUUUUACCAGUAUUGGUAUGUGGCACUGCUUUCUUUAUCAAUUUCAUUGCAAUGUACUACCAUGCAUCAAGAGCAAUUCCAUUUGGCAGCAUGAUUACUGUUAUGUCUAUUUGCACCUUUGUUAUUUUGCCUUUGACUUUAGUUGGUACGGUUCUAGGACGCAAUCUAGCAGGACAAUCAGACUACCCCUGUAGGAUUAAUGCAGUUCCUAGACCUAUUCCCGAGAAGAAAUGGUUCAUGGAGCCCUUCAUUAUCAUUAUAAUUGGAGGCAUUUUACCUUUUGGAUCCAUUUUUAUUGAGAUGUAUUUCAUAUUUACUUCAUUUUGGGCGUACAAGAUUUAUUAUGUUUAUGGGUUCAUGCUGCUUGUUUUUCUCAUAUUGAUGAUUGUUACUGUGUGCGUUACCAUUGUGUGCACUUACUUUUUAUUAAAUGCUGAGGAUUACCGCUGGCAAUGGACAAGCUUUCUCUCAGCUGGAAGUACUGCUCUCUAUGUAUAUUUAUAUUCAUUUUACUAUUUCCUAUUUAAAACAAAAAUGUAUGGUUUGUUUCAAACAACAUUCUAUUUUGGUUAUAUGGCCUUAUUUAGUCUUGCUCUUGGUAUAAUCUGUGGAACUGUCGGCUAUAUGGGAACUAGUUUGUUCGUUCGGAAAAUCUAUUCAACUGUUAAAAUAGAUUGAGCUUGUCAAUAAAUUUUGAAUUUGUUAUUAAAUUAUAUCAGACUCAAUUAGAGCAGUAUCAUCUGAUUGAUGUUUCCUCUUAUUCAUUAUAUUAUUUUAUGUAUUAAUAUAUGUACUGGAGACUGCCAUAUGAGUAAGACAUGGAGACAUUAUGUUAAAUGUAAUUAUCACCAUAUACACUUAUUAUUUAUUGCAUUUUUGGCUUCUUAUCUCUAUUCAAUAAUGGUUUAUGUUGUAAUUAAAUGUUAAUUCACUUGAAUUUGUGAUACUAUGGAAUCUAUUGUUAGAUCAUAGAUUCAGAUAGAGAUAAUAGAUUAUUGUAUAUUCUAUGGACAUUAUUUUUCUGAUUUCGAUGUUUAAUAGGAGAAUUUAAUACUGUUUUGAAUGGAAAUAAUGUGUAGUUCCUUGUUUUGAUUUAAAUUAACAAUUUUUGAUCAACAUCAGAUAACUGUUAUGAAAUUAAUACAUGAAGUCUUUAUAUUUUUAAAUAAUACAAAAUAUAAUUUAAUUAAAAAAUCUGAUGUGAAAGUGUUGUUAGAAUAAGAAGAGAGUGAUUAUGUGUAAAGGUCUUAUUUAGAUUUAAUAUUAUUUUGUAAAUAUAUUAAUUAUAAUUACUAGAUGAUAAUAUUAUAGUUGUUGACACAUUGAGUGGAUAUCUAGCUUUUUGUAUUUAUUUAAUAUAAUUAUGAUCCGUUAUGCCAUCCAUCAAUUGUAUAAAUUUUGCGAAAAUAUACUAUAAUGUAGAA